AUUGGCGCUCUUGUCAGCAAAUUAUCUCAACCUCCCUCAUUCUCCCCCUCAACAGUUCCUUCUUCUUUGUUUCAACACGCCCGUUAAUCUCCAGACUCCUCGCCACAACCCCACUGUUGUAGCUAUGAAGGUGAGAUCAUCAGUGAAGAAGAUGUGUGAAUUUUGUCAGAUAGUUAAGCGUCGUGGACGGAUAUAUGUAAUCUGUAGCUCUAAUCCCAAGCACAAGCAACGUCAAGGGUUCUCAACAUUUGCUUAUGGUGGACUCAUAUCUGCGGAGACUAGUGCCCCACAGAGAAUUGUACCCAGUCAAAGCACGGGGGUAGGUCUGGCUACUCUCACACCCAAAAAGCAUGAACCAUCAGCCAUGUAUGGAUGGAGAGCUGCCCUUUCAUCUUUCGUUUUCAAACAAGAGAAUUAGCUGAAGAAGAAUUGAAGUUAAUGGUUGACUGGUAGUAUCUGUUUCAGGCCUCAUGAAAAUGUUAAUCACUCAUCUUUUUUUUUCAACUAUUUGUUUCAUUACUUGGCUUGGACAUUCACUUUUUCGUUGAUGCUCAUUUCAAAUCCGGUACCAUUGUCCGGCUAAUACCUGUUGUUUAGAUUGCUCAUUGUUUGAUGCGGUAUAUGGUGUGUAUAUAAGAAAAUUGAGAAUGACUUUGA